AUGAGAGGUUCGCGUACGCCAUGUGCGGCAUGCAGGUACCUGCGUCGGAAAUGCGUCGAAACUUGUGUUUUUGCGCCCUACUUCUGCAACGCAGAAGGACCCUCUAAUUUCGCAGCCGUGCACAAAGUGUUUGGAGCCAGCAACUUCUCUAAGCUCAUCUCUCGUCUCCCUGAGCAUGACCGAUGCGACGCCGUACGAUCCCUCUGUUACGAGGCUCACUCUCGUCUCCGUGACCCUAUUUACGGCUCCGUCUCCCAAAUCUUCUCCCUCCACCAACAGGUUGUUAGUCUACAAGCACAAGUGGCCCUUCUUAGAGAAGAAGCUUCAAGGAAGUCCCGUCAAGAGGAGCAAGGGAAGGUUUUGGCUCAAGUUGUGCCCCAAGUAGUCUCGGACUUCAACCUUAACCAGAUGAGUGAUGUUGCACCAACGUCCAUGGAUCACAAUGAGACGCUUAGUAGCUCAAAUGAAUCUCUUAGCUUCCAGGAAGUGAUGUUUCCAUGGUCUCCAGUGACUUGA